AAUAAGAGAAAAACGAGAAAAAGAUAAGGUGUAGGUGGCAGCUGGGAGGGCGGCGCGUGGCAGCCAGUGACCGGCCGCUGUCUGCUGCUCUUACACCCUCCUGCUGCUGCUCCUGCUCCUGCUCCUGCUCCUGCCUACGGUACACCAUGGGUGUGAGUACUGGAGCAUCCUUUGGCCUGGCCAUCUUGUGCUGCAUCCUGGUGUUCUCGGCGCUGCAGAUGUACAAGAACCAGCUGGGCUCCACGAGGCUCAUGACGCUUGUUGCUGGAUAUGUGGCAUCCUGGCUCUUCAUCUUCAUGAUAACUGCAUUGAGCAACUUGGAAAACAUUGUGUUUGGAAAGGGGUUCCAGGCGCGUGUGAUUCCUGAAGUAGCACUUUGUAUGGUGCUGGCCUGCUCUGCUGCGGGCAUGGUUCACAGAGUCUCUGUUACUGUUUGUUUGCUUUGUUCUAUGGUUGGAUUAUAUUACAUAAACAAGAUGGGCCAAACAAGUGCUGCUCCAGCUGUCCCCUCAGUGACCAGCUCAAAGAAAAAGAAGUAAAGUUUGAACUGCGUAAGAUGCGUGGGAGAGAUGAUCAGUAUGGCCCUCACUACUGUGCAUCACACUAAAUAUACUCCUCCUAACUUCUGUUUUUCAUUUAAGUUUCACAUUGAUGUGUUGGUAAAUACUAUAUGGCUUAUUGACGGUAUUUGUGAACACAUUAUAGCCAGCAUACAGAUAUAAAUAUUUUAAUUAAAAUGUGUACUUGCAUCUGGUCAUUCUAAUUCUAACACAGUUUAACUAGGCGAGUACAGUUUGAUUUGUAAUGGAAAUACAACUUUAUAUUUGAAAACUUUAUUGGGUAUCUUAUUGCAUUACUAAUACACAUCACAAGAAAACAGGCUGGUGAAAUUCUUAAUGUGUGGUAAUAAUGCACAUCUUACAAAGUUAUUUUUUUGUAAGCACAGCCUUAAAAAUAGACCAUUAUAAAUGCAGUACUUGUGACUACAGUAUUAUAUUUGGUAUUAUUAAUUAUACUCUCUUGUUGAAAAAUUUCAUUUGGUACCAUAGGAGUUAUCGUGGGUUUUGUUGAUGCUGAAUAGUGUUACAGAAAUUCUUUUAACUGCAGUGGAAUUUAUGAAUAUUUUGUUUGUAAUAAAGUCAGCACAUAAUGUGGCAAAUUAAGCUCUUAAUGAACAAUUGAAACUUUUAUGAAAAACUUUCUACAAAAAAUAAUUCCAUUAUUUUAUGAUAAUAUUUGCAGUGGUUAAAGACUGAUAACUGAAUUUUUUCCAAUAUUAUGGAUGAAGGUAUUUUUUUUAUUGGUGGCAAGCUAGGCCUGCCUUUGGGUAUUUUUGCUGCAUUCCAACUUGUUAAAGUUUUUGUAAUAAAGUGUAGCAAAUAAA